UGCUUUCAGUAUGAACCAAUCAGAUUCGCAAGAAUGCAAUUAGAGUCUAAUUAAUUUUGAGCAAUAUCAGCUAACCUUAUAGCAAGAGUUUAAUAUAGGAUGAAUAAUGAACUCUUGGCUACAAGAAUAAUGAGAAUGUUCCCCUCAAGGUUGUUUCUCUGCUGUCUGCUGGGAAGUGCUUCUCUUGUGUAUGGACAGCAGGCUUUGACUGGACUGGCAGCAUCCAAUGAGCCCGAUGGCACUGACCACACUGGAGAGAUCAUCUCAUUCUCUGAUGUUGGAUCAGGAGCUAAUAGUCUACCACGCCCCUGGGUUUGCUACACCGAAGACACUGGUAGUGUAUUGUGGCUGUUCCCCAAUGGGAGUGCAUUGCAAUUUGAAAGUAGAUCGUUGGCAGUUCAGGACGAAGUGUUCAUCAGAGAUGUUCCUAAUUUUGGCGUUGUUCUGUAUCGUGGUCCCACACACUUCAGUCCUGAUGGAGAACACUGCUGUGUGAGGACUGCCACCAAUGAGAGUAAAUGUGUCACCUUCACUCCCUGUCCCACACUGAGUCCCCUGUCUAAUGGAAUGAUCUCAUACGAUGCAGACACCAACAUGGCCACCUACACCUGUGACCCUGGGUACGCUGUGGCGACCAUCUCAUCCAUCACCUGUAAUGAUGAUACAAUGAUGUGGAGUAGCACUGUGAGACCCACUUGUGAACCUCUCUGUGAUGACCUUCCUUCACUGGUCAAUGUAAUGAUUAGCUAUGGCUCUAGUACCUCACCACACCCUCAGGGAACCAUGGCUACACAGAGCUGUGUCACUGGGUACACCAUGUUAGCUGGUGGAGGCACUAGGACCUGUCAGUCUGAUAGAUCAUGGAGUGGAACACCCAUCACUUGUGAACUGAUUUGCCCCAACGUCCAACUACCGCCCAAUGGAGUGGUGACCUACAGCGACCCCACCAUUCCCAGAGCUGUGGGUUCCACGGUUACCUACAGCUGUGUCUCUGGGUAUGAAUUCAGUGGAGGUGUACCAAGGACCUGUACUGUCAGUGGGUGGUCUGAUGGUGGUAGUCCAACUUGUACAGUUAGCUGUGGAUCUUUGGAUGAUCCUAUCAAUGGAAGAGUCACUACAACAGGGACCACCCUCUCAAGCAUUGUUACCUACACCUGUAACACUGGCUACACUCUGACUGGAGAUAUGACCAGGACUUGUCAGGCUAAUAGAGACUGGACUGGGUUAGAACCUUCCUGUAAUCCUGUUGACUGUGGUUCCCUGGACGCCCCCUCCAAUGGAGCAGUGGACACAUCCUCUGGAACCACCUUCAUGAUGACUGCUACCUACACCUGUAACACUGGAUACACACGUAGUGGAGGUCAGACCAGGAUUUGUCAGGCUAAUGGAGACUGGAGUGGGUCAGAACCUGUGUGUAAUCUGAUUUGCCCCAACCUUGGCGUACCAACCAAUGGAGGAGUGACCUACAGUGACACCACCAUCCCCAGAGAUGAGGGCUCCACGGCUACCUACUCCUGUAACCCUGGCUACCAUAUGACUGGACUGAUAGUGAGGACGUGUACUGCUAGUGGAUGGAGCACUGGAUAUGACCCUGUCUGUACUGCUAUCUGUCCUCUCCUCACCCUCACCAAUGGAUUCAUCGUCUACGAUCCACCCUCAUCCCCCAUACUAGAGGGAGCCAUGGCUACACAGAGCUGUGUCACUGGGUACACCGUGUUAGCUGGUGGAGGCACUAGGACCUGUCAGUCUGAUAGAUCAUGGAGUGGAUCACCCCUCACUUGUGAACUGAUUUGCCCCAACGUCCAACUACCGGCCAAUGGAGUGGUGACCUACAGCGACCUCACCAUUCCCAGAGCUGUGGGUUCCACGGUUACCUACAGCUGUGUCUCUGGGUAUGAAUUCAGUGGAGGUAUGCCAAGGACCUGUACUGUCACUGGGUGGAGUAAUGGUGGUAGUCCAACUUGUACAGUUAGCUGUGGAUCAUUGGAUGAUCCUAUCAAUGGAAGAGUCACUACAACAGGGACCACCCUCUCAAACACUGCUACCUACACCUGUAACACUGGCUACACUCUGACUGGAGAUAUGACCAGGACUUGUCAGGCUAAUAGAGACUGGACUGGGUUAGAACCUUCCUGUAAUCCUGUUGACUGUGGUUCCCUGGACGCCCCCUCCAAUGGAGCAGUGGACACAUCCUCUGGAACCACCUUCAUGAUGACUGCUACCUACACCUGUAACACUGGCUACACACGUAGUGGAGGUCAGACCAGGAUUUGUCAGGCUAAUGGAGACUGGAGUGGGUCAGAACCUGUGUGUAAUCUGAUUUGCCCCAACCUUGGCGUACCAACCAAUGGAGGAGUGACCUACAGUGACACCACCAUCCCCAGAGAUGAGGGCUCCACGGCUACCUACACCUGUAACCCUGGCUACCAGAUGACUGGACUGAUGGUGAGGACGUGUACUGCUAGUGGAUGGAGCACUGGAGAUGACCCUGUCUGUACUGCUAUCUGUCCUCUCCUCACCCUCACCAAUGGAGUCAUCGUCUACGAUCCACCCUCAUCUCCCGUACUAGAGGGAACCAUGGCUACACAGAGCUGUGUCACUGGGUACACCGUGUUAGCUGGUGGAGGCACUAGGACCUGUCAGUCUGAUAGAUCAUGGAGUGGAACACCCCUCACUUGUGAACUGAUUUGCCCCAACGUCCAACUACCGCCCAAUGGAGUGGUGACCUACAGCGACCUCACCAUUCCCAGAGCUGUGGGUUCCACGGUUACCUACAGCUGUGUCUCUGGGUAUGAAUUCAGUGGAGGUGUACCAAGGACCUGUACUGUCACUGGGUGGAGUAAUGGUGGUAGUCCAACUUGUACAGUUAGCUGUGGAUCAUUGGAUGAUCCUAUCAAUGGAAGAGUCACUACAACAGGGACCACCCUCUCAAACACUGCUACCUACACCUGUAACACUGGCUACACUCUGACUGGAGAUAUGACCAGGACUUGUCAGGCUAAUAGAGACUGGACUGGGUUAGAACCUUCCUGUAAUCCUGUUGACUGUGGUUCCCUGGACGCCCCCUCCAAUGGAGCAGUGGACACAUCCUCUGGAACCACCUUCAUGAUGACUGCUACCUACACCUGUAACACUGGCUACACACGUAGUGGAGGUCAGACCAGGAUUUGUCAGGCUAAUGGAGACUGGAGUGGGUCAGAACCUGUGUGUAAUCUGAUUUGCCCCAACCUUGGCGUACCAACCAAUGGAGGAGUGACCUACAGUGACACCACCAUCCCCAGAGAUGAGGGCUCCACGGCUACCUACACCUGUAACCCUGGCUACCAUAUGACUGGACUGAUGGUGAGGACGUGUACUGCUAGUGGAUGGAGCACUGGAGAUGACCCUGUCUGUACUGCUAUCUGUCCUCUCCUCACCCUCACCAAUGGAGUCAUCGUCUACGAUCCACCCUCAUCCCCCGUACUAGAGGGAGCCAUUGCUACACAGAGCUGUAUCACUGGGUACACCGUGUUAGCUGGUGGAGGCACUAGGACCUGUCAGUCUGAUAGAUCAUGGAGUGGAACAUCCCUCACUUGUACACUGAUUUGCCCCAACGUCACACUACCGCCCAAUGGAGUGGUGACCUACAGCGACCCCACCAUUCCCAGAGCUGUGGGUUCCACGGUUACCUACAGCUGUGUCUCUGGGUAUGAAUUCAGUGGAGGUGUACCAAGGACCUGUACUGCCAGUGGGUGGUCUGAUGGUGGUAGUCCAACUUGUACAGUUAGCUGUGGAUCAUUGGAUGAUCCUAUCAAUGGAAGAGUCACUACAACAGGGACCACCCUCUCAAGCAUUGCUACCUACACCUGUGACACUGGCUACACUCUGACUGGAGAUAUGACCAGGACUUGUCAGGCUAAUAGAGACUGGACUGGGUUAGAACCUUCCUGUAAUCCUGUUGACUGUGGUUCCCUGGACGCCCCCUCCAAUGGAGCAGUGGAUACAUCCUCUGGAACCACCUUCAUGAUGACUGCUACCUACACCUGUAAUACUGGAUACACACGUAGUGGAGGUCAGACCAGGAUUUGUCAGGCUAAUGGAGACUGGAGUGGGUCAGAACCUGUGUGUAAUCUGAUUUGCCCCAACCUUGGCGUACCAACCAAUGGAGGAGUGACCUACAGUGACACCACCAUCCCCAGAGAUGAGGGCUCCACGGCUACCUACACCUGUAACCCUGGCUACCAUAUGACUGGACUGAUGGUGAGGACGUGUACUGCUAGUGGAUGGAGCACUGGAGAUGACCCUGUCUGUACUGCUAUCUGUCCUCUCCUCACCCUCACCAAUGGAGUCAUCGUCUACGAUCCACCCUCAUCCCCCGUACUAGAGGGAGCCAUUGCUACACAGAGCUGUAUCACUGGGUACACCGUGUUAGCUGGUGGAGGCACUAGGACCUGUCAGUCUGAUAGAUCAUGGAGUGGAUCACCCCUCACUUGUACACUGAUUUGCCCCAACGUCCAACUACCGCCCAAUGGAGUGGUGACCUACAGCGACCCCACCAUUCCCAGAGCUGUAGGUUCCACGGUUACCUACAGCUGUGUCUCUGGGUAUGAAUUCAGUGGAGGUGUACCAAGGACCUGUACUGUCAGUGGGUGGUCUGAUGGUGGUAGUCCAACUUGUACAGUUAGCUGUGGAUCAUUGGAUGAUCCUAUCAAUGGAAGAGUCACUACAACAGGGACCACCCUCUCAAACAUUGCUACCUACACCUGUGACACUGGCUACACUCUGACUGGAGAUAUGACCAGGACUUGUCAGGCUAAUAGAGACUGGACUGGGUUAGAACCUUCCUGUAAUCCUGUUGACUGUGGUUCCCUGGACGCCCCCUCCAAUGGAGCAGUGGACACAUCCUCUGGAACCACCUUCAUGAUGACUGCUACCUACACCUGUAACACUGGAUACACACGUAGUGGAGGUCAGACCAGGAUUUGUCAGGCUAAUGGAGACUGGAGUGGGUCAGAACCUGUGUGUAAUCUGAUUUGCCCCAACCUUGGCGUACCAACCAAUGGAGGAGUGACCUACAGUGACACCACCAUCCCCAGAGAUGAGGGCUCCACGGCUACCUACACCUGUAACCCUGGCUACCAUAUGACUGGACUGAUGGUGAGGACGUGUACUGCUAGUGGAUGGAGCACUGGAGAUGACCCUGUCUGUACUGCUCUCUGUCCUCUCCUCACCCUCACCAAUGGAUUCAUCGUCUACGAUCCACCCUCAUCCCCCGUACUAGAGAGAACCGUGGCUACACAGAGCUGUGUCACUGGGUACAUCGUGUUAGCUGGUGGAGGCACUAGGACCUGUCAGUCUGACAGAUCAUGGAGUGGAUCACCCCUCACUUGUACACUGAUUUGCCCCAACGUCCAACUACCGCCCAAUGGAGUGGUGACCUACAGCGACCCCACCAUUCCCAGAGCUGUAGGUUCCACGGUUACCUACAGCUGUAUCUCUGGGUAUGAAUUCAGUGGAGGUGUACCAAGGACCUGUACUGUCAGUGGGUGGUCUGAUGGUGGUAGUCCAACUUGUACAGUUAGCUGUGGAUCAUUGGAUGAUCCUAUCAAUGGAAGAGUCACUACAACAGGGACCACCCUCUCAAGCAUUGCUACCUACACCUGUGACACUGGCUACACUCUGACUGGAGAUAUGACCAGGACUUGUCAGGCUAAUAGAGACUGGACUGGGUUAGAACCUUCCUGUAAUCCUGUUGACUGUGGUUCCCUGGACGCCCCCUCCAAUGGAGCAGUGGACACAUCCUCUGGAACCACCUUCAUGAUGACUGCUACCUACACCUGUAACACUGGAUACACACGUAGUGGAGGUCAGACCAGGAUUUGUCAGGCUAAUGGAGACUGGAGUGGGUCAGAACCUGUGUGUAAUCUGAUUUGCCCCAACCUUGGCGUACCAACCAAUGGAGGAGUGACCUACAGUGACACCACCAUCCCCAGAGAUGAGGGCUCCACGGCUACCUACACCUGUAACCCUGGCUACCAUAUGACUGGACUGAUGGUGAGGACGUGUACUGCUAGUGGAUGGAGCACUGGAGAUGACCCUGUCUGUACUGCUCUCUGUCCUCUCCUCACCCUCACCAAUGGAUUCAUCGUCUACGAUCCACCCUCAUCCCCCGUACUAGAGAGAACCGUGGCUACACAGAGCUGUGUCACUGGGUACAUCGUGUUAGCUGGUGGAGGCACUAGGACCUGUCAGUCUGACAGAUCAUGGAGUGGAUCACCCCUCACUUGUACACUGAUUUGCCGCAACGUCCAACUACCGCCCAAUGGAGUGGUGACCUACAGCGACCUCACCAUUCCCAGAGCUGUGGGUUCCACGGUUACCUACAGCUGUAUCUCUGGGUAUGAAUUCAGUGGAGCUGUACCAAGGACCUGUACUGCCAGUGGGUGGACUGAUGGUGGUAGUCCAACUUGUACAGUAGUUAGCUGUGGAUCAUUGGAUGAUCCUAUCAAUGGAAGAGUCACUACAACAGGGACCACCCUCUCAAACAUUGCUACCUACACCUGUAACACUGGCUACACACGUAGUGGAGAUCAGACCAGGACUUGUCAGGCUAAUGGAGACUGGAGUGGGUCAGAACCUGUGUGUAAUCUGAUUUGCCCCAACCUUGGCGUACCAACCAAUGGAGGAGUGACCUACAGUCAUCCCACCAUCCCCAGAGCUGUGGACUCCACUGCCACCUACAGCUGUGUGACUGGGUAUGACUUCAGUGGGACACUAUCAAGGACUUGUACUACCACUGGGUGGAGUGCGCUAAUUGGUGGUACUCCUACCUGUACAGCCAUCUGUGAUAUCCUCACUGUACCAGACAAUGGAGUGAUCAGCUACAGUCCAAACACCACCCCCAUACUAGCCGGAGCCGUGGCUACAUACAGCUGUGAGGAGGGGUAUGAAGUGGUGAGUAGACCUGAUAGAGAUUGUGGGAUCAGUGGAAAGUGGAGUGGAAUGAGCAUCACUUGUCCAAUUGUGGACUGUGGUGUCCCUCCUAUGGUUGCCAGUAGCACCAGAACAUUCCCUUCGACAACAUUUGGACAGAAUGUCACUUAUUCUUGUCAAGACAACUUUGUGUUAUCUGGGAAUUCAACCCUGACUUGUAUGGCUAGUGGACUCUGGGGCACACCUCCAAUGUGCUCUCCUGUUUGUCAGGAUCUUCCCUCACCUGCUAAUGGAGUGAUUAGCUAUGAUACGACAUUCUCCCCAAGACCAGCGGGGACAGUGGGCACCUACACCUGUGGCACUGGGUACGAUAUAUUUGGUCCAAGAACAAGAACAUGUCAAUCAGACACUACCUGGAGUGGAGGAGACAUUGUCUGUCAAGCAAGCUGUCCUGCUCUCACUCUAUCAAAUGGUGACAUCACUUACAUCACAGACACCUCUCCUAUUCCAGUGGGUACAGUGGCUACCCACACCUGUAACGCCACGUUCGUGCUCUCUGGUGAUGCUACCAGGACAUGUACUGACAGUGCUAGUGGAGGAAUGUGGAGUGGACCAAUACUAACAUGCAUUGGGACAUGUGAGGACCUACCCAGCAUCACUAAUGGAGUCAUUGCUUAUUCAUUAACCUCUCCUCCACGUACUGAUGGGAGUACUGCCACUUACUCUUGUGGGAUGAUGAUGGAGCUAAUGGUGAUCGGGAGCAGUGUAAGAACAUGUGAAUCAGACCGUAACUGGACUGAGGCUGAGCCAUUCUGUCAGAGAGUGUUCCUUCAGUUUGGAGUGUCCAUAAUAGUUGAUAAUAGUUCUCGAGUGCAGCUUGACACCAUUGGAGAGGGGGAGAGAGGGCUGGUGUGCAGGACUGACCACCAACAAUGCUGUAACGAGACCUCUAACGCCGCGUGGCUUAAUCCCAAUGGCACUGUUGUCCCUUCAACUCGUGGAGACUCUGAUUUCUACACUGACACUGGUGUCGGGUUCAUACGCCUCAACCUCAUCAGAAAUACCACCACUGCAACUGGCCAAUAUUGCUGCCGAGUUCCAGUGGACGAUGGAGUUACCGUGGGGAUGUUUUGUGCACCACUAUUUCUGCCUGAACCUCAAGUCUCUGUCCCUGUUGCUGCUAUUGGUGGGGCAGUCGGUGCUAUAGUGGUGGUGAUUCUAGUGAUCCUGCUCAUCAUAUUCCUAGUACUGUUCCUGAGACGCUCACGGAAGAAGCAGUAUGAGCCUGCUGUCAAAAACUCUGGUUUCUCUACUGUAUACACCAAACACAGCGAUACUGAUGGGGUGGCCACCAUAUCAAAGGAUCAAGAGCCUACCAUCACUGGCUUCCCCAGUGAGAGCAGAGCUAAUGAAGGGGAGGAGGUGGUCAUUAAGCCCAAGGUGGAAGGUCACCCUCCACCCAGUCUCACCUGGCACCACGAUGGUAGGAAGGUGACUGCAGACUAUGCCAUAGAACUGGACCAGGACAGUGGAAUAUCCUUCCCUAGUGUGGAAAUGAAACAUGCUGGUGUGUAUAAGCUGGUGGCCAGUGGACCCUCUGGCACAGCUGAGAAAGAGCUCCAGUUGAUAGUGGUACCAGAGGGAGGGGAAGCAGAGGUGACAGAUGAGGUGGACCUCACUCCUAUACCAGUGGAUGGGUUUGGAGCAUAUGUCACUGAGCAGCAUGCUAAUGGCAAUAAGAAGUUUUCCAACAACUAUUCGGGUCCUGGUGGCAAGGAAGGUGAACACUCAACAGCAAUUGCCAAACAGCACAAAGAUGAAAACAGAUUUGGAAACAUUCUUGUGUAUGAUGACAACCUCAUUAUCCUAGACCCCAUCCCUGGACAAGAGGACUGUCAGAGUGACUACAUCAAUGCCUGCUAUGUAGACGGUUUUGUCAAGCGAAACAAGUUCAUUGCUUCUCAAGGACCACUACCCAAUACUCUGGUGGACUUCUGGCGCAUGAUGUGGCAGGAGAGACCACCCAUAAUAGUCAUGCUCACCAACGUCAUGGAGAACAACAAGAUCAAGUGUCAACAGUACUGGCCUGACAGUGGCAGUGUGAGCUAUGGCCCCUUCACGGUCACCAUCACAGACCAGCAGGUCCUGGCUGACUACACUGUCAGAAACCUACUACUUGCAAUGAAAGGGGAAAGUGGGAAACCAUUCAAGACCACUCAGUUUCACUUCACGACGUGGCCUGAUCACGGUGUGCCUGACUAUGCCACGCCCAUUCUUGGGUUCCACCGUCGGGUCAAGUCCCAACACAAGCCAUCCAGAGGUCCUCUCCUGGUCCAUUGCAGUGCUGGUGUGGGACGCACAGGCACUUACAUUGCCCUUGAUAAUGUCCUCGAUCAGAUCGCAGCUGAGGACAUCAUCGAUAUUUCCGGCACCAUUGUCAGAGCUCGCAAUCAGAGAAUGAAAAUGGUCCAGACCCAGGACCAAUAUGUGUUCAUCCACGAUGCUAUCCUGGAGUCAGUGACGUGUGGAGACACUCAGAUCAGUGCUGGAGAUCUGCGCAGACAGAUACAGAAGAUGUCAUCAGUGGCCCCGGGAAAAACCGUCUCAGAUUUCCAAUACCAGUUCCAAAUUCUGGAACAAGUAUCUCCAAAUCCGAAUGAGGUCAACUGCAGUAGUGCAUUGAGACACAAGAACCUGAACAGGGGAAUACAGUACCUACCAAUUGAGAAUCACCGUGUGUUCCUGAAAGGAGAGGACCCUGGCCGUGACUAUGUCAAUGCCGUCUUUGUCAAUGGCUACAAGCACCAGAAGGCAUACAUCAUUGCCCAGAAUCCACUGGACUCAACUGUGCGUAACUUCUGGAAGGUGAUCUAUGACAGGAAGUGUGCGGCUGUUGUGAUGUUGACUCCACUCAGUGAGAAUGGGAAGGAGGCAUGCUCCCAGUACUGGCCAGAGAGUGGCAAUGUCACCUCCUUCGGUGAGUUCACCAUCGAUAACUUGGGUGAGGAAACCAACACUGGGUUCGUUAUGAGGCAACUGAGCGUACUUAACAAGAAGACUAAGCAAACUCAGCAAAUAAUUCAAAUCCAAAUUCUCGAUUGGAAGUCGACUGGUGCAUGUGCAAACCUCAAGAUUGUAACUGACGUGAAUGAGGAGGUUAUAAAGGUUCAAAGGAGGACUGGAAACAAGGCGAUUGUGGUCCACUGCAGUGACACUGCGACCCGCUCUGGUAUGUACUGCUCUAUAGCUACUACCAUUGACCGUUGCAAGACAGAGGGAGUGGUGGAUGUGUUCCAGGUGGUCAAGGCUCUCAGGGUCCACAAGCCAGGGGCAGUACCCUCAGUCGACAACUACAAGGAUGUUUUCGAGGCCUUGUUGGUCUACUUGGACUCCUUCGAUACUUAUGCAAACUUUCUGUAAACCAAACUGGAACUUGGUGGCAACAUCUGUUCCACUUACAUUUGGGAGGGGGGAGCAAGGGAGAGGUUUUUAAUGUGAACAUGUUGUUUUGCUGUGUUUGAAGUUAGACGUAGGAUUUUAGUUUUUUCCACAUUUCACAUUUUUUAUUCUCCUUUAAUUAAUAAUUGUAUAUCAUUUCAGUGUGAUGAAAAUGUUUGGAUGA